AGGAUGUCCGAAAAGUAGUUGGGCUUUUUAAGAUGGGCUUGACCCAAAUUGAACGCGGUCUUCACGGAGUCGUUCUGUUUUUCCUUGUCCAGUCCAGUUCAAUCCUCCGCUGAAUCUCCAUUUCCGUCUCUGAGGAGCAGUAGUGAGGUAAGUGAGAGAAGAAUCACAUGCAAUGAGCGCCUGCAAAACCCUAGUUCGCUCUUCAAUUUCCUUUUUUCAGUUUCAAACGCGAAGCAGCUACCGGAGAAGUUUUUAUUUUCACAUUUCAUCCAAUUUUUCUUCUUUCCGGCCGCUGCCUCUACUCUCUCUUAAUCCAGUAGCAUUCAGAAUCGAACCGUGUAGAGAUCCUUCAAGACGAUAUGGCAGCACUCAAGGAGCAAUUUCACUGGAAACGUCAGAAGAAAUGGCAGUUCCGCGUGUUGCCGCUGAAAGUCCGGGGGAAAAAUCCAAAGACACAGUAGAGGAGUUACUGUACAACAAAGAUGAUGUCUCAAAGCUGAUGAAAAUGGAACGCAGGCCUGAUACUGAAGGCCUGGGUCAUCAGGAGCGUUGGUUUCCAUAUUUGGAUAAAGUUAAGGCGGGAAGUAUGUAUUUGAGUAGUUCGGAGAUAUUGGAAGCAGUGACCCCGUAUAUAAUGGAUUCGAGGAAAGAGAGGUUUCGCCAUGCUGUAAAGAAUCGGACAUAUUCAGUAUGUCUGGUGGUUGAAGGUUUGAGUGAUUUUGGCAAUGUGUCAGCUACAUUUCGCUCAGCUGAUGCACUGGGCAUUCAAUCAGUCCAUGUUGUAGCUUGUGAUAGUUCAAAAAGGUACAGGGAGAAUCGACAUGUCAGCAUGGGAGCUGAGAAAUGGUUGGAUAUCGAACUAUGGGAUUCUGUUCAUGAGUGCUUCAAAGUUUUGAAAUCACGUGGUUAUCGCAUUGCAACAACACAUCUUGGAAUGGACACGGUUUCUGUGUAUGAUAUGGACUGGUCAUGCCCAACUGCAAUUGUUGUGGGAAAUGAACUUAGGGGAAUAAGUGACGAGGCUCUUGGAUCAUCAGACUUGCACUGCAGUAUUCCAAUGAAAGGCAUGGUAGACUCAUUCAAUGUUUCUGUUGCUGCUGGCCUUCUUAUGCACCAUGCCGUCUGUGACAGAACUUCUCGCUUGGGAUGCCAUGGGGAUCUAACUAGUGAGGAAAGUCGAAUCUUGCUAGCAGAGUUUUCUUUGCGCCACAACGAUAAUGCAAUUAGAAUUGCUCAAGAAUAUGCAGAAAGAAAGAUAGCUGAGCUUAAAUCAAAGCUUUGAGUAAGUGGUCAAACUAGUUUUAGAAGGAAGAUGUGCCUAUUUGCACAAAGCGCCAGGUCCUCCAUGUAUAUGGCUAUAUGCCCAGACAUUUCAACAACUGAGCAGCUGAGCGUUUGCGUUUUGUUCUGGUGCAGCUUAUGUAUAGUAAAAUUUUACUCCUGUUUUUUUUUUUUUACAUUGAACAGCCAUAUUUAAGUAUCAACGGUUUAUUUUAUUUGUUAAUUUCAUAGACAAUAACUCACAAAAAUGUUGAGGAUUCUGCUGGAAGUUUACCUGAUUUAGUUGUCUUUCCUACUCUUUUAGAUUUGCGCUCUCAUGUUUAGGGGUUAAUGUAUUUGAACUAUAUCACCGUUUUUGAAAGACUUAAAUAACAUAUUUGUCUAAAA